GUGAUGGACGAUGGGACGGCUGAGGCUCAGGUCUGGUUGUCAGGGAAACAGGUCCAGAGUCUGCUGGGAUUGGCUGAUCCUCAGUGGGAGGGGCUUCAGAGAGCGGUCAGGGUCAGAGGUCACAUCAGUGUGACUCCUAGGGGGCGGAGCCUGGGGACUGAUGGAGACUCUGAGGACGUCCUGCUCCACUUCCUGUUGUCCCUCUGCAGCAGUGAUGUCAUCAGGCAGCAGGUUUCCCUCACCUGCAGGAAACUGACCAAUCAGAGCUCAGAAGAGGUCAGACGAUUCAGCAGAGGAGACAGAGACUUCCUGACCAGGAUGCCCCGCCCCCUGCAGCUCACCUGUACUCACCUGGACCCCCCAUGAAGAAUCAUGAUAACAGGAACUAGAACGUCCUGUUCUGUUUAGUCUGAGUCAGAGAUGGGAAA